GAUAAAGAAGAUGUAAUCUCUGCGAUACUCAAAUUGUGCUUUGAAAAUCUGCCAUCUCCAUUCCUCAAAAGAUGUUUUGCAUUUUGUUCGAUGUUUCCAAGGAACUCUGUUAUUGAAAGGGACCAGCUAGUCCAGCUUUGGAUGGCUGAAGGAUUUAUUGACCCAGGGUUGGGGAUUUCUGUGAUGGAGGAAAUAGGAAAUCAAUACUUUGACACUUUGUUGCAGAAUUCUUUACUUGAAAUUGUAAGCAAGGAUAACUUCAACAAAGUAACACAUUGUAAACUGCAUAAUCUUGUCUAUGAUUUUGCAUAUUCUCUAUCAAGCUUCGAGAGCAUCACCAUCGGCGAAAGAGAUCGAGAUGACAUUCGUCAGAUUCAACACCUUGCAUUGGAGUCGUUUACGGAGGAAACCAUGAAGAUUGCCAAGGAGAAAGCAAGAUAUUUGAGGACAUUAUUCCUAAAGAAAAAUUUACCUGACAAUAACUUGCUAAAUCUAAACUUCUUGUAUGUUUUAAACCUCUGUGAUGCAGAUAUAGCAGAAUUGCCAGCAUAUGUUGGAAAUCUAAGGAAUUUAGAAUACCUUGAUCUCUCGAGGACAGAGAUAAAGUCUAUACCUGACUCUGUCUGCAACCUUUACAAGUUGAAGACAUUGAGGAUCAUUGGAUGUAAUUCUCUUGAAGAACUCCCAAAAGAUUUCAAGAAUUUGCUAUGCCUGAGACAUCUUCACUUCUAUUAUAAUGAGUACUUCUCUAUGCCAUAUGAGUUUGGGCGAUUAAGUCACCUUCAAACACUGCCAAUCUAUAACGUGGGAAAGGAGUGUGGUCCUCCAAUUGGGGAGCUGAAGCACUUGAAAGAUCUCAAAGGCAAGCUGGAGAUACGAAAUCUGGAUCUUGUGAAAGACAAAAGGGAAGCUCAGCAAGCAAAUUUAUUUGGGAAACCAAAUUUGCAGGAGCUGGAGCUUCGUUGGAUUUAUUUCGAAAGAGAAGGUCCAAACAACGAUGAGAAUGUGCUGGAAGGCCUUGAGCCUUACCACAAUCUGAAAAGCUUAAGGAUCGAAUACUUCAAAGGUGACAGAUUCCCAUCAUGGGUAAUGAAGAUGUCUGUUAAAGGAGGCUCUUUGCAACUUAACAAUUUGGUGGAGGUAAAACUGGAACACUGCACAAGAUGCAAUGAAAUCCCAACACUAGGGUCCCUACCGCUUCUCCAAAAUCUUGUGAUAGCUGAACUCUCAAAAGUUAGCUGCUUUGGAUCAUCAUUUUACAGUGGCAAUAGAUCAAAUACCAACACCAAUGAAACUCAAGCAACAGAAUCAUUCUUUCCAGCACUCAAAAGCCUCAUAAUAGACGACAUGCCAUGCCUACUAGAUUGGAAGGGACCAGAAGAAAUCUCUGCAUCUUAUGAAGCUAAGACUUUUAGUAGCCUUGAGAGAUUAUCUCUUAAAUGGGUUCCAAAGUUGAUGACUGCUCCAAGUCAUUUCCCUGCACUCAAGGUACUGAGGGUUGAAUCCAUCAAGAGCAGCUCGCCACUGGAGAGUAUAUGCAAUUCCAAGCUGACCACCCUCACCAGUCUCCAUGUUGAGGAUGUAAAGGAGCUAACUUCUCUUCCAGAUGAGUUGCUGGAAAACAACACCAACCUUUCUCAUCUGUGUAUUACAAGGUGCCACUCUUUGACACACAUUGUUCCUCAUAUGUCCGGUUGCAGCGCAGUGCUCCAAGAGUUGGAGAUCAGGCAUUGCGGGGCAUUACAAGAAUUUCCACCAGAAAUUUGUUCACUCAGAUCUCUCAAAAGGUUCGAGGUAUCAUACUGCCCUAGUAUCAAAUUAUUUCCAAAUUUGAAUGGACAGGGAGGCCUUCCAUCCCUUCAGAGCUUGACAGUUUCUGAGUGCCAAGGUUUGAUCAGUAUACCAAGUGAGGUAUUGGAGUCUUGCAAGUCUCUCCAAUACCUAUGGGUGACAGACUGUGAAAAUCUCAGCGAGUUUUCUCCAAAUUUUCAACAAAUGCCUAACAUUUCAUUCAUGAGAAUUACUUCCUGCCCUAAGUUGAAUACCAUGCCCAAGGGGCUUGGUGCACUUAGCAACUUGGCUGACCUCAGGAUGGGUCCUCUUUCAAAUUCAAUGGAGUUUGAAACAUUCCAAACAUGUUUUACAGGGCUUCAACAGCUUUCUUCACUUGUUUCUCUAUUCUUAGUCGGGCAGCAUCACUGGGAUUCUUUGCCUGAAGAGCUUCAACACCUGACUGCUCUGAAAGAAAUGACUUUAUAUGACUUUGGAAUAGAAAUUUUGCCAGAUUGGAUAGGGAAUCUUUCCUCCAUUCAAAGUUUAGCCCUCUCCAAUUGCCGAAAACUUGAGUCCUUUCCCUCCAAAGAAAUAAUGGAAGGCCUCAAGAAUAUGGAGUACCUGGAUAUCGCGGACUGUAAUCUGCUAGCAAGGAAAUGGAUGCUGCAAAAUGAACCAGAUUCUGAAUGGUUUAAAGUUUCCUAUAUUAAGCGCGUCAUUCUAGAUUAUGAAGAAGUUUCAGAUGCAAUCAUCUGGAAUAUGAUGAUGGAAAAGCGAAUGCAAAAGAGAAAUAACGAGGAAAAGAAGAAGAAGAAGAAGAAGAAGACAAAGAAGAAGACAAAUUCAAGUACUUCAACUAGCUGAAAAGUUGUAGUAGAAGAUUGCCAAUAAGGAAUAAAUAUCAUUUAGGAUAAGAUGAAGUUUGUUUGUUUUAAACUCUUGCAUAGAGUAAGACAAAUUCUCUUGAA